GUCUGGCCCUUGGGGUUCCCUAGCUUCCUCCCACUGCCCUCCCACUGCCUCCCCCCUCUUCAUCUUCCCUUGUUUGUUCUCCAUCGGUCCCCAUCACUCACUGAAGAUAGUCCCUGCCCCGGAGGGAACCACACAAGUUUUCUGUUUACAGCUGUUCAUAGUCCAACGUCAGGUACUUUGGCCACGAAGGUCAGCAGCAUAAAUCAACUCAAGUGUUAUGUAUGGAUACGCCUGUGUAACUAGCAACUGAAUGAAGACCCAGAAAGGUCUUUCUUGCUCAUUUCCCGUCAGUAUCACCCCUCAGAGGAAAUGGAAGACUGAGAUGUUCCCUGCAGUCCGUGGGAGAGUGAGGUGAUUGGUGCCAUGUUGCCAGGCACAGCAAGAUCGGGGCUUGGGAAGUCACCGUGGACCAAACUGCCUCGCGGAGCCACCUUCCCUCCAGCACUUGGCCCAGAAGGAGCAGACGGACUUGCUUCGUUCCAAAAUGCCAUCUGCCUCGUAUCGAGUGUUCCUUGUCCUCAGCAUCUGUGCUACAAUCCACUGUGUGCCCCCACCCGGGGCCCCCAGCAAAGAGGCCCCCUGCCCGUCCUCCCCAAGGAGCACCGCCGCCUCCCAGCUGUCUUCCAGCAACACCAACUUUGCCUUCCGCCUCUACCGGAGGCUGGUUCUGAAGACGCCAGACCAGAACGUCUUCUUCUCCCCGCUGAGUGUCUCGGCUUCCCUGGCCAUGCUCUCCCUCGGGGCGCGCUCAGCCACGAAGACCCAGAUCCUGCAGAGCCUGGGGUUCAACCUCACACACGAGCCAGAGUCCGCCAUCCACCAGGCCUUCCAGCACCUGCUCCGCUCGCUCAGAGCCCCCGGCAAAGCCCUGGACCUGAGGAUGGGAAGCGUCCUCUUCAUCAAAAAGGAGCUGUGGCUGCAGACAAAUUUCUUGGACAAUGUCAAGAGGCUGUAUGAGUCGAAAGUCUUUUCUACAGAUUUCUCGAGCACCUCCACUGCCCGGGAGAAGAUCAACAGCUAUGUGGAGAAGGAGACCGAAGGGAAGGUUGUAGACUUAAUCCAAGGCCUUGAACCUCUGACAGUCAUGGUCCUGGUGAACCACAUUUUCUUUAAAGCCAAGUGGGAGAAGCCCUUUCACGCUGGAUAUACGAGGAAGAGCUCCCCGUUCCUGGUGGGCGAGAGGACUGCUGUGAAGGUCCCAAUGAUGCACCAGGUGGAAGAGUUUGCUUUUGCAGUGGAUCCAGAGCUGAACUGCUCGGUGCUACGGAUGGACUACGGCGGAGACACCGCGGCCUUCUUUGUCCUCCCUGGCCAGGGCAAGAUGAGGCAGCUGGAACAGGCCUUGUCAGCCAGGACACUGAGGAAAUGGAGCCGCUUACUGCAGAAGAGGUGGCUAGGGGUGUUCGUUCCAAAAUUCUCCAUUUCUGCCUCCUAUGACCUGGAAACCAUCCUCCCGAAGAUGGGCAUCCGGGAUGCCUUUGAUAAAAAUGCUGAUUUUUCUGGAAUCACGAAGAGAGACUUCCUGCAGCUUUCUAAAGUGGCCCACAAGGCUGUGCUGGAUGUCAGCGAGGAGGGCACCCAGGCUGCAGCGGCCACCGCCACCAAGCUCCUGGUCCGCUCGAAGGACGGCCCCUCUCACACCGUCGUCCGCUUCGAUCGGCCCUUCCUGCUGCUGCUGACCAACAGAGCCACAGAGGCUGUUCUCUUCCUUGGGAAGGUUGAAAAUCCCACGAAAUUCUAGGUGGGAAGCUCCUGCUGACGGAGUCCACACUGAAAACGCCCAGGAAAUGAACCAUGGGGUGACGGUCCCGGUGUGACUUGAGGGCUAUCUCCUCCUGCUCAGAGGGUCCCCUGACCCCAGCGGAGCUGCGUUUGCUGCUGGGAUGGCCCUGCAAGGGCUCAGCCGGUAGAAGUCAGCAGAGAUCCGGGUCACACACCCCGAUCACAAAGCUUGUUCCGCCCCUACCCCCCCCCCCAGUCGCUGCUGGCGUCUACAAAUCCUCCUGGGUAACUAGCUCCAUGGACGUUUCUGGUGGGCAUGUUCCCAUUCCUCAAAGCCCCUGGGAACGGUAAUCUGCAGGGCGGUCACCUGUAUCGCAGAGUUACAGGAAAAAAGUCAAUAAACCUAAAAUGAGGGCUCGGCCACGAACAACGCUCCCACACGCCUUCAGGGUCCAAAUCUGAUCAUGGUUAUGGGCUAACUCCCAGUGACCGGGUUGUCAUGAUGUGACAUUUCAGGGGCUGCGUGAAUUCAGUCAUUCUUUUUUCUU